UAAUAAAGCAGCUAAAAAGCAAAUGCAUCCUCGUAAUAUAUUCAAACAGCCACCGGACUACACGGAAUUGGCCAUAAAAUAUCCAGAAUUUAGAAGGGUCUGCAAAUUGGAACUCACCGGCAAAGUUUGUAUUGACUAUAAAAAUGAAACAGCUUUGAGAGCUUUAACACAAACCUUGCUACUGGAAUAUUUCCAAUUAAGUGUUGCGUUUGCUCCCGGCAGUUUAGUGCCCACCUUGCCGUUGCGUUUAAAUUAUAUAUUGUGGUUGGAAGAUGUCUUACAAACGCCCUGUACUACAAAUUAUCCUAUAAAAGGCAUAGAUAUUGGCUGUGGUUCUUCCUGCAUUUACAGUCUGCUAGCGGCCAAGAAAAAUAACUGGCAAAUGGUGGCUUUAGAAUCGAAUGCUACAAAUUUGCAAUUUGCUGGCCAAAAUAUAGAAAACAAUAAACUGGAAACAUUAAUUACACUAUACCCUCAACAAGAUAAAACCCAAAUAUUCCAAGAAUAUUUUAAACACUUGGAAACCAGCUCUCCCGGCGUAAUAUAUGAUUUUUGUUUGUGCAAUCCACCAUUUUUUGAUUCGCAAAGUGAGGCGAACAAUAAAACUCGUAAAUCUGGCAAAAGACCUCCUCCGCACAAUUGUCCCACCGGCUAUAAAGAAGAACUCAGCUGCCAGGGUGGAGAGGUAAAGUUUGUGCAACAAAUUAUUGAAGAAAGUUUAUUGUUUAAAGAGAAAAUAAGAGUGUUUACCAGCAUGUUGGGUCUUAAAAGCAGUUUAAUGCAUGUUUUAAAUAUUCUCAAAUCGAAGGAUAUUGAUAAUUUCUGUUCAACGGAGUUUCAUCAAGGUAAUACCACCAGAUGGGGAGUGGCCUGGUCUUAUGAUGGGGAGUUGGAUUUAAAAAAAUUUCAAUAAACUGUUAAGAGCGAUUAUAUCUUGUGGGUAUAAAAGAAAA